CUACCUUUAUAGCGAUACGCUGAAGUAGCCCAUACCAAAUGCAUCCUUGAUAGAAAAUUCUACUUCAUUUCAAUCCGUGCUUACCCAUACUAUGAGUAUCAAUGUGGGGUUUGCCAAGCCACGAGUUGGUUGACAAAACGCGGCAGUCGCGUUAGGACACGAGCCAGGAGAGCACGGCAGCUGCCGACGCAGGUAGGGGGACGUGCCAGCUCUGGUGUGUGGCUGCUGUGUUGUGUGGAGUCAGAGCAAAAAUUCGUAGAAGGACCUGGCACGACCAACAACCGCGGCAAGUACACACACAAGAACACCAUGCCGAGUAUAGCCGUAGUAGGAGCGGGCGUGGUAGGCCUGACCACCGCCACACUCCUGCAGGACGCCCUUCCCGGGACCCCCGUUACUCUCCUGGCCGACCAAUUCCUACAGGAUACAACCAGUGACGGCGCCGCAGGAAUCUACCGGCCAGGGCUCCAGUUCCAGGGCCCUUCGCCGGAAGUGACUAGGAGAUGGCUCGAGGAUUCCUACAACUACUUCAAGGACAUCCUUCACUCGGGAGAACCAGAGGUGACAGGCGUCAAGACGGUCUCAGGCUUCCACUUCUCCUCCAAGUACCCCAACAUCGUAAUGAAUCCAUUCCUGAAAAUGAUAUUGGAGGAGUAUCGACCGUGUACACAGGACGAGCUGGACUUCUAUGGCUACAAGUAUGGCACUUUCAUGACCACAAUUCUUACAGAGUGUCGCCGCUUUCUGCCUUAUCUCACAGAAAAGUUUAAGAGUCGUGGCGGCGUCGUUGUGGAGCGUCAUCUGCACAGCUUGGAAGAACUUGCAGGCGACUUCGAUGUCGUGUGCAACUGUUCCGGCUUCGGUUCCCGCGAGCUGUGCGGGGAUAUCAGCGUCACGCCCAUCAGGGGUCAAGUAUUUAAGGUUCGCGCUCCAUGGGUGAAACACUUUUAUUACGUGGAUUACGACACUUACAUCUUACCAGGAUUCGACCUAUUAACGCUGGGAGGAACUCGGCAGUUCGACUCCUAUUCCAGCGAAGUGUGUCGCCACGAUGCUGCUGCCAUCUGGGAACGGUGUACGCAAGUUCUUCCGAGUCUCAGGAACGGCGAGGUUGUAAGGCAGUGGGUGGGGUGGCGUCCAUACCGCCCCUCCGUCAGAGUAGAGCGAGAGACCAUGACUUUCCCCAGUAAAAAAAACCUUGAGGUUGUACACAACUAUGGCCACGGUGGGUACGGCGUGAUGACGGCCCCGGGGACUUCAAUCAACGCCGUCAAACUUGUGGUUGAUUAUCUUGCGUCAAGAAAGGCAAAACUUUAAAAGAGUAAUAUACAGGAGAUCCGCUUGUGGGACCUGCGCCUUUACUUAUGAUAUCAUUAGUGUCAAUAAAUACGACGAUGUCUCUACGGUUCUUGAACAAUAUUUCUUUAAUGAUAAGUAGAAUAAGUAUGCAUGCAAGCUGCUCUAUAUCUUAAAUGUAAACUAACAUAUAUAUAUAGGUAUAUCUGUACAUAAUUAUCUCAUGAUGAUACAUAUAUUAUAUUAGAAUAUAGACCGAAGGGGAAGAUAUACUUAUGAGCACUGAAAGGGAAAAAAUGUCAGUAGAAAGUCAUAUACGUAGCAAAGAGGGCGACGAAAUAACUAAUUCCCGGGCCUGUGAACUGGAAGCGGAGAGCGCAGGACCGAAGUGACUGGAAAAGAUUAGGAGAUCCUACGUCCUGCAAUUAAAUGAUACAGUGAUAAUGUGGAUCAUGAUAUGCACAUACGUAUAUAAAGUGUAUACAGAGAUAAAAAGAAAUAGUGUAUAAUUGUAGUUAUCUAUCCAAACAUACGCGCGCAAAAGAUGUAAACGACAAUACACAAAACAUGAAUAAUUUCAAA